AGCGAGGCAACGCGAGCCUCGACCCCGAGUCCCUGAGUCAGAGUCAAAUAAAAUCCUCAAAAUUACCGAUUACUGUCCCUCACAACACCUCCCAUUCACUAAAACCAUUCAUUUGUCGGCAGGGAGGUGUGAACAUGGAUUUGGUAGGAAGCUGCAAGGACAAGUUGGCAUAUUUCCGGAUAAAGGAACUCAAGGAUGUUCUCACUCAAAUUGGUGUAUCAAAGCAAGGAAAGAAGCAGGACCUUGUUGAUCGGAUAUUGACUAUCUUGUCUGAUGACCGGGUGUCAGGAAGCUGGGCAAAGAAGAAUGCUGUUGGCAAGCAACAGGUGGCAAAAAUUGUGGAUGAUAUUUACAGAAAAAUGCAAGUAUCUGGAGCACCUGAUCUUGCAUCAAAAUCGCUAGUCUCUGGAGCACCUGAUUUGGCAUCAAAAUCGCAAGCCUCUGGAGCACCUGAUUUGGCAUCAAAAUCGCAAGGAUUCUCAGAUAGUAGCAGUGCAAGGUUUAAAGAUGAAAUAGAAGAUUCUUAUAAGAUGGAUAAAAUUCAAUGUCCCUGUGGAAGUACCUUACAAACAGAAUCAAUGAUUAAGUGUGAAGAUCCCAAAUGCCAUGUGUGGCAACAUAUUAGCUGUGUUAUCAUUCCAGAGAAAGCUGGGGAGAAUGGUAUUCCACCAAUACCACCUGGAACUUUCUAUUGUGAACUGUGCAGAUUGAGUCGUGCUGACCCCUAUUGGGCACCAGUGGCAAAUCCUUUACCUCCAGUAAAGCUGACUAUUACAGAUGUCCCAUCUGAAGGAACAAACCCAGUGCAGAGUAUUGAGAAAACAUUUCAACUUACAAGAGCAGAUAGAGACUUAUUGGCAAAACAGGAGUAUGAUCUUCAGGCUUGGUGCAUGCUUCUCAAUGACACAGUUCACUUUAGGAUGCAUUGGCCUCUGUAUACAAAUCUGCAGAUCAAUGGGGUCCCAGUUCGAGCAAUAAACAGACCUGGCUCACAAUUGUUAGGGGCUAAUGGUCGAGAUGAUGGACCCAUAAUAACACCAUGCACUAGGGAUGGCAUUAACAAAAUCUCUUUGACGGGUGUUGAUUCUCGAGUGUUUUGUUUCGGUGUCAGAAUUGUAAAGAGGCGUACUGUCCAACAGAUACUUAACUGUAUUCCUAAGGAGUCUGAUGGUGAGAGAUUUGAAGAUGCACUUGCUCGGGUUUGUCGUAUUGGUGGUGGGAAUGUCACAGAAAAUGCUGACAGUGACAGUGAUAUUGAAAUUGUUGCUGACUUUAUUCCUUUGAAUCUUCGGUGCCCUAUGAGUGGUUCAAGGAUCAAGGUUGCUGGAAGAUUCAAGCCCUGUGUUCACAAGGGUUGUUUUGAUCUUGAAGUUUUUGUUGAAAUGAAUCAGAGGACGAGAAAGUGGCAAUGUCCCCAUUGUCUCAAGAAUUACUCUCUGGAGCAUAUUAUUAUUGACCCGUAUCUCAAUCGAAUUACUUCUAAGUUGAGGAAUUGUGAAGAAGAUGUGGCAGAGAUUGAGGUGAAACCUGAUGGUUCCUGGCGGGCUAAGGUGGAAGGUGAUAUAAACAGUCUUGGUGAUCUUGGACAGUGGCACUUACCUAAUGGGAAUCUGUGCAUAUCUUCAGAUGCAGACUCUAUGCCAAAGCCUGAAGUUCUUAAGCAGGUUAAACAGGAUGGUGGUUCUAAUGGUCAUGGUGGUCUCAGAGUUGGACUGAAGAAAAAUCCCAAUGGCAUUUGGGAAAUCAGUAAACAUGAGGAUGUUCUGACUAACAAAAUGCGAGAUAAUUUUUUCAGCGAUCAGGAUAUCAUUCCCAUGAGCAGCAGUGGCACUGGAAGUGGCAAAGCAGGUGAAGAUCCCAGUGUAAAUCAGGAUGGCAUUGGGAACCUUGACUUGCCUACCAACAAUAGGAUUGACUUUGAAUCUGUUUCACUUAAUUUCAAUAGUGAAUAUGGUAUUAGUGAUAGAAACCCAUCUAUACCAUUGGGGGAUGCUGAAGUUAUUGUCUUGAGUGAUUCAGAUGAAGAAAAUGAACCACUGAUGCUUCAUGGAAAUGUCCAGGGUAACACCAGGGCAGAUGCUGCUAGAGUCUCUUUUCCAUUGCAACAACAUGGAAUUACAGAUUCAUAUCAUGAAGACCCUGCUCUUGCUAAUGAGGGCAAUUCCUGCCCUGGUUUGUUUGGUGCUACUAAUAAUGAUGACUUUGAGAUGCAUACAUGGCCUUUAUCGCACAAUACACAGGGAGGUCCGGGCUUUCAAUUAUUUGGUUCAGAUGCAGGUGUCUCAGGUUCCUUAGCUGUUGUGCAGCCUCACUCCAUUGAUUUUCCCAGUUCCAUUGAUGGCUAUGAGUUUCCAAUAGAUGGCGCCAUAGGAUCAGUUGGUGUUGCACCUGAAUCUUCUGUUGGCUGUCGUAAUGCCAAUUUAAAUGAUGGAUUGAUUGUUAAUCCAAUGUCAUUUGCUGGUGCUGAUCCCCCUCUUCAGAUAUUUCUUCCAACUAGACCAUCAAAUGCAUCCAUAGACACUAGUACAAGAGAUCAACCAGAUGUUGCAAAUGGUGUUCAAACUGAGGAUUGGUUUUCACUUACGCUUGGGAGUGGAGGUAUUGGGGCUACAGCUGAUUCUGCAGCAGCUAAUGGGUUAAAUUCAGAUCAGCAAUUGCAAUCAAAAGAUGGUGGCUCGUAUUCAAUGCCUGAUACUGCUUCACUGCUUCUGGGAAUGAAUGAUAAUAAAUCCAAUAAGAUAUGCAGAGAAAGAUCAGAUAGCCCUUUCUCGUUUCCUCGUAAACGCCGUACAGCUACUGCAAGGCCGAGGUCAUACUUAAAUUUUGAUUCUGAUUCCGAGUAGGGGAGCUUGGGACUUGGGAAACAAUUGGUCAUUUUCUAAAAGAACAAUGUAUGGAUUGGAUGCAACUGAUUCUCCCAAAACUUGUUUGGAGGUCCAUAUUAACUGCUGUGUGCAUAUGAUAAAUGAUGAAGGGGCCAAUGCUAGAGGGUGGUGAUGGUCCCUCCCUGUGCAUAAUGAUGUAGAGAAAACCUGACUUGUAUGCUUGUCAUUUUUGGAGUACUACCUACCUUUGGAGUCCCAAUUUGGUUACUUUUAAUCAUGAGUUGCACAGUUGAGAACAUCUUCGCCAACAAAAUAGUAAAUAGAAAUAGUGGAAGCGCCUCACCCAUAAUUUACUUUUUGACCUUUUUAUUAGAUAGAUAGAUGGAUAGUUAGGAGUCACCCCACCCCACCCAUUUCUAUUAUCAGACAAAAGAUUCCUAGAAGGCUGUUGGAGAUACUGUAAUGAAUUUUUGUGGUGUCAACAAGGACAAAGAUCUGAGGCUAUGGGAAAUGCCAUCUGUUGAAGAAACUCUUGCACAGAGUGGAUGGCCGUAGCCAUUAUUUGUUAACCGCUGCACAGAUGAGCUUUACAAAUAUACUUUUGCCAGAACUCAUAAUGCAAUCAGUUUUUGUUGGCUGGAAAAAUA